CAGAAAAUAACCAAAGGAGACAGGCAGAAACAAACAAGAGCUGUCAGUGACAAAGAGAAAAAAGAGGGAAGCUAAAACUUCAAGAGCAGAGACCAGGGACAGACCCAGAGGCAGACAGAAAGAACUAGAGUGGGAAGAAGAGAUGGGAUUCGACACAGAAGAAGGAAUCUGCUCCUUCUCCUAAUCAGUGGUCUGGAGAGGAUGAACAGAAGCUAGGAAGGAGAAAAGAUAUUGAGUAGCUUGAGACAGCAAAAGGCCACAGAUCCACCCCAUGGGGAUGCAUAACUCAGUCAUUAUCUGCUUUGUUUUAGGAUGUUUCUUAUGGUUUCCCGAAGUAAGAAGUGAGGAAGGGUGUCUCAAUGCUGAAUUCUGUUCAGGUACAGAGUGGAUCCGUCUGUGGUACAUUUGGCUGGUAGUUGUGAUAGGUGGACUGCUGCUGCUGUGCGGCUUGGUUUCUGUCUGCAUGAGAUGCUGUUUCACUCACUGCCAUCAGACUGGGGAGGAAUCAGGUCCUCAACCCUAUGAGGUCACUGUCAUUGCUUUCGAUCACGACAGCACUCUCCAGAGCACCAUUACCUCUCUCCAUUCGGUAUUUGGGCCAGCUGCCAGGAGGAUACUAGCGGUGGCACACUCCCACAACACUGCGCAGGGCACGCCACCCCUCACAGCAUCAGACACUCCUCCAGUCUACGAUGAAGCUCUACACAUGAGCAGGUUCACUGUUGCCAGGGCAGGGCAGAAAAUGCUAGACCUGGAUCCAGCGACUAAAGAAAAACUGCAAACAUCUGCUGAGGACAAGGACGCCCAGCCAGCCUUUGCAGGACACUAGUCCUUACGUUUACUGAAUGGCAGUAAAAUACAGAAUAGUAACAUUCAGACAGUAGUUCUUGUGGUCAGGGUUAGGAAUAUCAGAUUAAUCUCCUUAAUCUAAUGAGAAAGGGAAAAAAAGAGACAAAAAUUCCAGAUAGUUCUAGAUACACCGUAUUUGGAUAUCUCCUUUUUACACCUUGAGAUAACUGACCAUUGGCAAUCCCUGGAUCUAUUUAUUAUAUACACACAUCACUAGAUUCACUGACUGCACAUACAAGCAUGCAGCAGGAUCAAAGUACUGAGCCUUGCAGGCUGGUACUGGAUACCUACAGGGAGAUACUACCUCAUUCUGAUUGCCGCCAGCCUAAAUUUCCUGGGGGUGGCAGAGGUUUUCAGAGCAGGAAAAACAAUACAAAAACGUCUUAGAACAAUAUUAAAACCAAACUCUGGGAAAGUGCCAACCAUUCAUAUAAAUAAUAAAAAAAGAGGCUACGUGUACACAAUCUGCAGGUAGGCGAAAGAUAGCAUACACUGGUAGUAUUUACAGUUCCCUAAAUGCUCUACAGGAUAUAUAGAGGGAAUACACUCUUGUUUUGAAUAUGAUAUAUAGCAAUUCUGAAAUAGCAGUUAUAAGCUCUGGUAUUUGAAUUGAAACUAUGAUGUGUACAAUAACAAAUCAAACAAUAGGAGAAGAAAGUAUUCUAUUGUUAAAAUAAAGUUUAAUUAUGUUUUAGUUGCCUUCAGAUUGUAUCACUUAUUAAUUAUUCCUACCACUGCUGUCAAAAUCAGAUCAGACUAAGUAAGAUGAUUUAAAACAUUUAAGCCAUUUCUCAGAUAUAAAUAAUUUGUGAGUCUUUCCUGAUCCAUACAGAUACUAUUAAUCAUGAAUAGAUAUUCAUCAAACUGCUUGGAUGAGCAAUCCUAUGGACUAACUGUAAAAAGUUUACUUCAAUUAGAUACUCAAAAUGACAUCUGAAUUACACUUGUGUUGCCUGUACCCCAGGUUUUGC